AUGACCAAUGCCUCAUCCAGACCUGCCGCGCAGCAGCGGGGGCGCCUUUUCAAGAUUAAGGAGGUGGUUGCCGAUAUUCGCAGGAAAACAUACGGUGCCGACCUUAGUAGAAUUACGCAUGAGCUCAUCCGGAACCACUCAUCAGACUGGUUUAUCCGAAAGAUCGUACCAUCAUGUCGCGAGACCUGCGACCUAGUUUACAAUGAGAACGAAGUCUAUGAUUAUCUGGAUAUUCCCGAGAUGCGGAAAAAAUUCGCAUUCACGAAUCAACAUUUUUAUCCGGUCGUACAUAGUCAAACCAAGGAGCAGGUACCGCAAAUGGUGCACAUUAGGAGCACUGAUAAGAAGAAUCAUCUCGAAGACCAAUCCUGGCGCGACGCGAUCAAAGCACAGCAGGCUCAAUACGCACUGAAGUCAAACGGAAAGCUGGAAAUUAAAGAUUCCGAUGUUGAAAACCAGCUCCCCGCGGCAACAAGGGAGCUUCUAACGGCUGUGUCCUUUUUCGCAUGCAAAGAUCUGAAACCAGGGUCAAUGAACUGGAAAUACGGCCACAACGGACCCGAGGCCCUCCCAGAGCAUCUGCGAAUUGAUCUUUCUGGAUUGGUCUGCCUUAUUCGUCUUAUGGGAAUGCUCUAUCAUCUUAAAGGACGCUACGGCAUUGAUAUCCCGGAAGUCUUGCAUGCCACUGUGCUCACCUUCUUUGGCUGGCAUUGUGAAGAUUACCUGUUGGGCUUCUACAAUACUCUACAUUGCGGCGUAGUCAAAUCAUGGUUCGCCACGUCACCGGAACACGCUCCUAGGCUUAACGAAAUUAUCAAAAAAUAUCAUGUCCGAGCUGGGUUAGACGUCUGCGUUGAUCCGGCAACCGGGAGCAUUCAUAAGAAUGUUAUUACGCCAUUGGUGGACGAAAUUCUCGAUGAAGGUAUCGAUCUCUGGUGGGCUGAGCAGGAGCCAGGAGACACAAUCACAGCUUCCCCGGGCGUGCCCCAUUUCGGAGGGAACAUGGGCGCCAAUGUCGCCACAGCUGGGAAUAUCGCAGAUCCUUACUUAUGGCGUACGAAAGUCGGUGAAACCGAUCUUCACAAGCAAUGCCCGACUGACAAGGCGCAGCGUGAUUCAGGCAAAGGACCUUACGGGUUUAAUGAAGAAGAUGCAAAGAUGAUGAAGCCUGUUUGCCGAGCCGUCAGAGAGGCCAUUGACAACUUACCCGAAACCGAAAGAUGGAACAUCACAUGGGAUCAGUUGCCGGACAAGCUUAUCGGACGAAACUUUCUUUCCGAGGAGCUUGCCAGGACUGUUGUUUUUGCGCCGCAGUAUUUGGAGAGCAAAUUUGUUGGCCACGUUCUCGUUCCCGCAGCCCGGAUUGUUCCGGCCAAAUAUUGCGGCGUACGACAAAUCCUACCGCACCAAGUGAAAACCAUCCUUGCAGGAUUGAGGAAUGUCAAAGCUAACCGCGUGUCUGCAGGAUUUGUUCUUGUGGGUAACGUUGACGCCGAAGGGUUGUCUGUCGAAGAAAUUAGACGACAGUUGGAAAACGGCGAAGUUACAGUAGAAGUUGUUGACGGAAUUCAACGAUUAGAAGCGGGAAAGCAGUUUGGCCACCUCCUAUUUCUCGUGGCUGCGUAUGCCAACUGCAAGCAAUUUGAUGUCGAUCUCAUCUUGCAGCAUGAAGCCCAAAAAGAAAACCAUGUCAUCCAGAAGCGCGACGGACACCACAUGUUGAUGGUUUUUCGUCGUCGGCUAAAAGCUGUGCUGCAACGGAGGUUAGAGGACGAUGGCAUCCCGGUGGACGCAGUCCCCGAGCCAGACCAGGGUUUUGAUGAGCCGCGCGACAUUCCGUGUUGCAAUAAGUCCAGUUACACGCCUCUUCCGUUAGACCCAGACGAGCUGUUUGGAGAUAAUACUGCCCGUACCAGUGAGCUCAAUCUGGAAGUGAAACGGAGCUGUGUCGAAGUGUUUCCUUGGUUAAGCGACAUUCUCAUCCCAUCUAAACAGCUGCAUUCAAGCCUAAAAGAUAAGGAGAACCUUCGCCAGGCCUAUAAGAAGUGUGAGGACGUGGCGAAAUUCCCCGAAUGCUUCAGCGAGAAAAUUCGUGAAUUUUAUCAGCGUGUAUCGAGAAGGGAUAUCAAAGUAACCGAAGGCUCAGGCAAUGUAGCGAGGGAGUUUAACGUGAUUGUCUCCCCAGUUUCUUUCUCUCGACUCCUGCCGCCCAAAGAUAGCAAUUACACACGAAAGCAGCGCUGGGCGCAGUUUGGAUAUGCGCUAGAUCUGAUGCUACGUAAAUCUGAUCCUUGGUCGUUGGGGAAGGCUGCUAAUUUCCAGUUAGUGAGAACUGCAAUGCUAAGCGAUCCCGAAGCAAAGGAUCGAAUUCCACUUGUAUAUCAGUCAUCUAAAAGUUCACAAAAGAAACGUAAAGCGGACUCUGUGAAUGAUAUUAGUAGCUCAACAUCGGAAACUUCAUUCAAGCGCACUGCAAACAAAGCAAGUGAACCGGCGGGCUUUGAGAAUUCUGCGCAUUCUUCCAUCCGUGCAUCCACGCCAAAUAACGAUACCUCCGACGAUAAGGGCACAAAACGGAAGCCAGACGACGAUGAUUUUGGCGCUGAUCUGAGCGCAAUCAGCGACAACGUGCAUGCGGGUGUCGAGAGGCGCAGCAAAUCUUCCACGCCUAUUGAAAAUCCGGGCAACCACAACUUACCUGCGCGGAAUGCAGAUGACCAUUCUCUCGAAAUUCCUGAGCCGACACGGCCUUUAAACACAUUUUUCCCGAAUGCUGUUAGCGGAGAAGCGGAUGAAAGUGAAAGUCGGGUUGCUUUAAGCCGCGAUGUGGAGGCGGCUGAAGUAGCUGUUACAGCAGAAAUUUCGUCGUUAUCGCCCUACGGGUCGCCAGCGCCCCUAAAAAUCAUCGCUGGAGACGUCUCCAUUGCGCCCGAAAAAGAAAUCGCGAACCAGUUGGGGCCACUCGAUUCUGUCCCUAUUGACGUGCCUAAUCGUAUUGAUAAUCACUUGAUGCACUGCGACAUGAGUGAUGCGGCAGGCAAUUCGGAAAUUGGUGACUUACUAAACGGAACCCCACGGCAGCUGGAUGACAUACCGCAAGCAAGCAGUCUAGCGAGAUCAUCCAACCCCGAUCUCCUUGCCGACGACGGGCGUGUUUCUGAUGCCGAGUCCAGUUUUGCCGACAUGGACGUCGAUUACGAUAGUGUCAGCGCGGAGAAUAUUUCAGGCAUAAUGACCCCGCCUCCCCUGGGAAAGGAUAACGACUCUGAUCACGGAGCCGUAUCACCGCGACCGGGCUCUGGCGAAGAUGUCAUGAGUGCUAGCGACAACGCCGAUACUGAACACGUUUCAGCGACAGUGGAGGCGGUAAUGGACAAAUAUGACUCAUCCAGCACUUCGGCCGCGCAGUCAACUUUAGGCGCGCAUGAAAACUCUAAAAAUGCGCCGGUCAGCCAGCAGUUUACAAUGGAAGCCGGUGAAAGCACGCAAAUGGACCCGGCAAAAAGUGGAAACGCUAGCAUCACUAGAAUUACCAGCAACGGCGAAAUGAAUGAAAUUUCAGGCACGAAUUCGCCUCCCUCCACCGACUCACCACGGAACGACAUGGCAGCCGCAGUGGAAUGGGCGAAUGAAAACAAAGAGACAUCCGGCUUCUCAGCAUCACAGUCCCCGUCAGACCUGCCAAAAUCUUCUGAGGAACGCUCUAAAAUUCCCAACGUUAGCAGCGAUGUCGGACGGAACGUCUUGGACGCAGUUAUUCCCGCCCAAAACCCGGAAGAGCGGCUUACAGAAAAUAAGGAUAUUGUUAUUAUUGACGACCGCCCAACGACUUUGGGUGAUGAACAGCCGGGAACGCCGCGGGCGGGCGACCCAAGAUCACCUCCUUCAAAAAGCGGCAUUGACGAGGAAGGCAAACCUGACUUCAACGGCAGCACCAGCCUUGCGCUAAACAUAGAACUCUAUCGCCGUAUAAGCCCUUUUUUGCCGCGCGAGGCGAGCAUACCUAGCGGGCCGAAUCCAUCUGUGGACGACUUGAUUCAAGCCUUUAACAGCAUGAUGGGUGUUUUGGCUGCAUCAAAUAACAACUUUAACGUUCUCCUCGAAAGCGCUGGAUUUUUUCCGGGAUUUAUACUUUGUAUUUAUCUUUCGGAAAGCGCGCUGUUCCUAAUCGGGCUGGAAAAUUUGCAGCCGGAAGCCAGAAAAAAGAAUCUCGUCGAAGGCGUUUACUUUGGUGAUUUUGAUCUGCAGCGGCUCAAAUAUCGCUCCAAACGAACUAAAAGAUGGAUCUACCUUAACCAGGCGCUACUAAUUCCUUCGCAUUACUACCGAGCCUUGGACGAUAUGGCGGUGAGCUUUGCCUUUGGAUGCCUUGCCAUGGGUAACCUGAUUCAACUGGUACAGCAGAAGUUUGGCAACGCAGUUAUUUAUAACGCGAUUUCCCCUCCCGAGCCUCUUCUGUUUACAACAGACGAGCGUGGCUUUCCCGACGUGGAGAUUAUCGAAAGGGCCCUUGAUUGCUUGUUUCUUGCGAGUCAAGCCAUGGAAUACAGCGAAUUUUAUGCGGCGGCUUUGUCAGAAGUUCUGCAAGCGCGGUUCGGUGAUUUAUCAAGAAAAUUUCUAGCAGUCUUUGCUGCCUCAACCACCGAAGAAAUUCUCUCACAGGACGUGGCCAUGGGCUUUUCGCCCAUGAAAAUUAGCAAACUUGUUCAAGAGCUGAAGAUUCCGUUCCUUUCUGAAUUUUCUCUGUUUAAUGUUCGAGGGGAUGGCAACUGUUUCUUCCGAGCUAUAUCCAUGUCUCUUUUUGGAAGCGAGAAAGACCAUUUGCUAAUUCGUCUGGCUGUCGCAUGUGGUCUUUUGCAACAUGGUGAUGUACUUGAUGCCUAUCAUAAGCGCCACAACGACCCGCUACGGUGGCUCAAGGAUUAUCUCGAAAAAGCAUGCUGUAGCCGUUACGAUCCGGGAUCAAGUGCCGUAAACGUGCGAUUCUGGGGAGGAACUUCGCUUUGUCUGAUUCUAAGUCAUGUCUUGAAGCGCAACAUUAUCACCCACAACACCUUUCCACAGUUAUUCGAUCUCGGUCUGACAGAGCUACCCGAAGUCCUGCCACCCAACAUCCGGGAAUUCCCCGUGUACAGAGGCAGCGAAAUGUAUGAAUUCCGGGAUGAGAACGCCAUCAAACAGUCGAAGGCAGCAGUUCGUCCGCUGCACAUACUUUUUACCGAAGUCCAUUUUAUUUGUGCUUUGCCAAACGAAACAAAUGCCAGAGAGUAUCGCCCCGCCAGUACCAUGCAACUGCAGCCUAUACCAAGACCACCAAGGCAGAAAAAGCAGUCUGUCGCGAGCGUGUAGUUUCUUUGCCGAUUUCUCUCUUUUACCUAAUUUUUGUGUUCCCAGUAACUUAACAGCUUGGUGUCUGACGCGAAAACGUCGAUGUCAUGUUUUGGGCUUUUUUCACGAAUACUUAUCCAACUUCUGCAUUCGGGUUUUUCAGUUCUUUGAGUUUUUCGGUACUGGAUCAAAUGAUGCUUGAAUUUUUUUCUUUGAAAGUCUUGUUGAUACGAUUAAGAAAAUGUA